AGUGACUAAUCCUAAACCCAUACAUGAUUCAACAGUUCACAGAUUCAGUUCGCCCUCAUAGCAUCCCUAGUAGCGGCCACCUUCUCCAUCGCUGAACUCCUCUCCUCCGCCAGAGGGUGUCGUCGCCGCCGGCAAUGUGACAGACAGAGCGUGUCGCAGUCGUCGUCUUCUGCUCCAGCCUCUGUUGUCUCUCUGUUUUCCAAUCGCAGCUACCUCCGCUGCUCCAUCCGGCGGCGUCUCUCUCUUCCCUAGCCAACCCCGUCCCCCGCUGCUCUGCCAUCGCCCUCCUGAAGCCUCGAUUUCUCCCUCUGCCGUGCCACCUCCAGUCUCGCCUCCUGCCGCGAUUUGUCCCUCCACCGAGCUUAGCCUUGGUCGCCUCCAGCCCUUAUUUCUCCCUCCAGCCUUGCUCGCCUCUGUUAGGAACUGGGAAGGGUUGAGGCCUUAAGGGGAAUUGAGUGUAAUAAGCAGAAGUGAAGUGAAGAAGUAAGAUUUUGGUGUUUGAUUCGUCAGUCACAGAAGAAGAGAAGAGAGUGAAGGGAGAAGCGUUGAUUUGAUUCGAAAAUAAUGGAAGAUGGUGAGAUAGAGGAAGUUUCAGCACAUGCGGUGGAGGAAGACGACCAAGGAUUUUCGCAUUCCUCACAAAACCGCACGCCGGAGGAAUCACCCUACGAAAUGCUGCAGAACAGCAAGACCUCCGUCGAAAACAUCGUCACCGAAAUCCUCUCUAUCAAGAAACACGCCAAACCCAAGCACCUCCUUCGCGAGCUCAUUACUCAGAUGUUCCUUCACUUCGUUACUCUCCGCCAGGCGAAUAGGUCUAUUCUGACGGAGGAAGACCGUGUCAAAUCGGAAACGGAACGCGCCAAGGCACCAGUGGACUUAACGACGCUGCAGCUUCAUAACCUGAUGUACGAGAAGAGUCACUAUGUUAAGGCGAUUAAAGCUUGCAAUGAUUUCAAGUCUAAGUAUCCUGACAUUGAGCUUGUUCCUGAGGAAGAGUUCUUCCAUGACGCUCCUAAAGAUAUCAAGGACUCUGUUUUGUCGAAUGACGCUGCUCAUAAUCUCAUGCUUCAGAGGCUCAAUUUUGAGUUAUUCCAGCGCAAAGAGCUCUGCAAACUUCAUGAGAAACUGGAACAGAAAAAGAAAAGCCUUCUGGAGAGUAUAGCAAACCGAAAGAAGUUCCUGACAAGUCUCCCCUCGCAUCUUAAGUCUCUUAAGAAAGCAUCGUUACCUGUACAAAACCAACUAGGAGUGCUUCAUACUAAGAAACUGAAGCAGCAUCAUUCAGCAGAGCUGCUUCCACCUUCUCUUUAUGUGAUUUAUUCACAGCUGUUUGCUCAAAAGGAAGCCUUUGGUGAAUCCAUUGAUCUGGAGAUUAUAGGAAGCCUGAAAGAUGCUCAAGCUUUUGCUCGUCAACAAGCUCACAAUGACACUGGUAUUUCCUCUGCUACGGAGAGUUCCAAAUUGGAAGAUGAUGCACCGGAUGAAGAAGAAGAUGAUCAAAGGCGAAGAAAAAGGCCAAGGAGGGUUCAAGGCAAGGAGAGUCUUGAUCAAGCAGGAAUAUUUCAGGCUCACCCGCUUAAAGUAAUUAUCCAUGUGUAUGACGAUGAGGCAUCUGAGACUAAGUCUACAAGACUCAUUACUCUGAAGUUCGAGUAUUUGGUGAAGUUGAAUAUUGUAUGUGUUGGAAUAGAAGGAUCUAAUGAUGGUCCUGAAAAUGACAUCUUAUGCAAUUUAUUCCCCAAUGAUACAGGGCUCGAGCUUCCUCACCAGUCAGCCAAACUCUUUGUUGGGGAUGAUGCUACAUUCAAUAAUCAAAGGACUUCACGUCCUUACAAAUGGGCUCAGCACCUAGCAGGACUGGACUUCCUGUCUGAGGUGUCUCCGUUGCUUCAUACUGGUCAUGGAACUUCUGACAAUAGUGGAGCAGCCAAGAGUGAUGAUGUUGUAUCUGGUCUUUCAUUAUAUCGCCAGCAGAACAGAGUACAGACAGUUCUGCAAAGAAUUCGCUCAAGGAGAAAAGCUCACUUGGCUCUAUUGGAACAACUAGAAUCUCUGACAAAGCUUGAAUGGCCUUUUUUGUCCUGUAAGAGUGUUCCGUGGGCUUUGCACGCUCCUUUGUGCAAUUUGAAUGUUUGGUCACCUAUACGAGCCAUAGAUGUACCUCGCGUGGCUUCAACUCCAGCUCUCAUGGAUAAAGAUGAGCAUGCUCCAGAAGCAAUGGAUAUUGAUAGAGCUGAACAUUCUGUUGCCACAAAGGAAGAACUGGAGAGUAUAACAGAAGAUGGGGAGCUCCCAACAUUGAUUCCCAACAUGUCUAAGUUAGAUCACUCCAAGCAAAUUACCUUAAUUUCAAAAAGUGUCACACCUUCACUGAUUAAUGUUAGGUCACAAAGCUUCAAAAAAUUCGAAGAAAUUGAAAGUGAUAUUGAUGAGCCAGCACAAAUUGAACAGGAAGAUGAAGAUAUAGAAUCGUAUCAUUAUGGCAGAAAGUCUGUGUCAUGGAUGGACUGUGGGGUCAAGGAAUUUUCCCUUGUUCUCAGCAGAAAAUUCAGUGCAGAUGAGUCAAAUGUGAAUUUAGAGGCAAAGAUCAAUAUCAGUAUGGAGUAUCCUCUAAGGCCUCCACUUUUUGCACUGAGUCUACGCUGCCUAUCCACUGGGGGAGACCAUUAUCAGAAUGAUGGAUUGGAGUGGUACAAUGAACUACGUGCUAUGGAAGCAGAGGUCAAUCUUCACAUUCUAAAGAUGCUACCAGUCGACCAGCAAAAUUAUGUAUUGGCUCAUCAAGUGCGCUGUCUUGCUAUGUUGUUCGACCAUUAUUUGGAUGAUGCAUCACCAACAUCUGAAAGGACAAGUAGUACUACCUUGGUUGAUGUUGGCUUGUGUAAGCCUGUCACCGGCAGCUUUCUGGCAAGAUCAUUUAGAGGAAGGGAUCGCAGGAAGAUGAUCUCCUGGAAGGGCACGAAGUUCACUUCCAGCUGUUCCUAGUGGAUGUAGAUUCUUGGCUAGAUUAUUAGAGCGAGAGAUUUAGGAACAUCAUCUAUAAGAUCAAAUCCAAUCCCAGUUGUGUUGUAGAAAUGCUAAUAUUCUAGGUUUAAUUACUAUGUGACUCUUUGUAGUUUUACCAAAUUUGUAAUUAAGUUUCUCUACUUUAAAAGCUUUCAAUUGAAUCCUUACAUUAUUUUUAGUUUUGCAA